CUGGGACACCAGGCUCAAAAUUGCGAUUGGAUCAGCCAAAGGACUUGCUUAUUUACAUGAGGAUUGUAAGUGAUAUGCAUGCUUAUCUUCUCUUAAAUAAUCAAUUUGUGUAGACUUUUUUUUUGUUAAAAGGAUGAAAUCAUUGUUAUUAACUUAUGGGAAACAUCAAUCAGGUCACCCUCGCAUCAUUCACCGAGACAUAAAGGGUGCAAACAUUCUAAUUGAAAACAACUUUGAUGCCAAAGUGGCAGAUUUUGGAUUGGCAAAGUUUAAUCAAGACACUAACACAUGUUUCUACUUGUGUGAUGGGAACAUUUGGGUAUUUGGCUCCUGAGUAUGCAUCAAGUGGCAAAUUAACUGUGAAAUCUGAUGUUUUCUCAUUUGGUAUCAUGCUAUUGGAGCUCAUUACAGGACGACGGCUGGUAGACAACACUGGUGAUUAUGAAGAGGAUAGUUUGGUUGAUUGGGUAAAUUACUUCAAAGUUCUGAGCUCAUUUGCCAUUCUUGUGUGGAGUCCUUUAGCAUGCUCUGGGUCAUCAGUUAUACACCUGUAAUGAAACAAA